CUCUUGUCCUUUUUUGCGAGAACUGCCAAAACUGAGGUAGAGGGCGAGGAGAAGUCGGCGCGUGUGGAACUCCUAUCAGUUCACAUCCUGAAGGUAAAUCACACAAACCUAAUUGAUCAGCAAUGGCAUCCUCUGGAGACAUUCUAGUGAAGGAGCUGGACAAGCGUGCUUCAGGCCAGGCCUUCGAGGUCCUCCUGAACCCCUCUGCUCCUGAUGCCAAGGGCGAGUUUCCCCUACCCACCCCGAAAAAGAAAGAUGUUUCACUAGAGGAGAUCCAGAGGAAACUGGAUGCUGCAGAAGAGAGGCGCAAGACCCAAGAAGCGGACAUGCUGAAGCACCUGGCAGAGAAGCGGGAACACGAGAAGGAGGUACUUCAGAAAGCCAUGGAGGAAAACGACAACUUCAGCAAGAUGGCAGAGGAAAAGCUCAAUCAGAAGAUGGAGGCCAACAAGGAGAAACGGGAAGCCCGGAUGGCCGAGCUGAACGAGAAGUUCAAGGAAAAGGACAAGAAGCUGGAGGAGGUUAGGAAGAACAAGGAAACAAAAGAAGAGGACAAUUAAGUUGCUUUUCAUUUUUUUGUUUUCUCAACUUUUUAGGUGGGGAUAUACUGGGUUUUUUGUACGUAUCCAAAGAUUUUUUUUUUCUUUUCUUUUAAAUUGUAAACAUUUUGUUUUUGUGUGUAUAUUUUGUUUAUAUGUUUUGUUUCCGUGCUCACAUAAGGACAAGGUAGUUUACCUUAAUAAAGUUACACAGUUCGUUUAUGCUCUUAA